AUGUCAUCAUCCGAUGAUGCCUCUUCUUCACUGAACAACUCAAAUGCUAAAUCCGGUGUUGAGAAAAAAAAACUGAAAGCACUUAGGGUACAUGAUAACUGCACAAUUACAAUGGUCGAGGAAGCACUUCUAAUGAAAUUUGGUGUGGAAACACAUGAAACGAAAGAUGGUCAAGCAGUUGUCCUUGCUCAUCGUUCUGAUGCAUGUUUUGAUAUGGUUUUGAUGGACUUAGAUAUGUUAGUGGUAAACGCUCACAAUCAAGGACUUCGAGAUAUGCAUGUGCGUAGUGUAAUUGUGGGAUUGACUUUCUUCGGAGAAGAAAAGAAGAAGCCAUUCAAGGAUGUUGGCCUUGAUUAUUGUUAUCCGAAGUCGCUUCCUUCCGAUGUAGUUCGCGAUCUUGUGGAGAAAUUAAGGAGGAUGCCUAGAUUUAUCAAAGUGCUUGAUUUAAUGUAA